AUGGCAGUACACUUUACUUUCAAAGCUGUGAACCCCGUUUGAGAUAAAGACUCUCUUUACUAGGCCAACGCGAACGGAUAAGAUGACAGAUACGUGGGAUGAACCUACUUCUGUUGCUGUAGUACAUGAACAGCCAGAAAUAAAGCUGUUUGGUAGAUGGAGCUCUAGUGAUGUACAAGUUAGUGACAUCAGUUUGACUGACUACAUUGCUGUUAAAGAAAAGUAUGCCAGAUACCUGCCGCAUUCCUCGGGUCGCUAUGCCAACAAACGAUUUCGUAAGGCUCAGUGUCCAAUUGUUGAGCGACUGACUAAUUCCAUGAUGAUGCAUGGACGUAACAAUGGCAAAAAGCUAAUGGCAGUACGAAUUGUUAAGCAUGCUUUUGAAAUAAUUCACCUACUAACUGGUGAGAAUCCCCUCCAAGUUGUGGUCAAUGCCAUCAUUAACAGUGGACCAAGAGAAGACUCCACUCGUAUUGGCCGAGCCGGAACAGUCAGGAGACAGGCUGUGGAUGUUUCUCCUCUCCGUCGUGUUAACCAAGCCAUUUGGUUACUCUGCACUGGAGCACGAGAAUCAUCCUUCCGAAACAUCAAGACCAUUGCUGAGUGCCUAGCUGAUGAACUUAUUAAUGCUGCAAGGGGUUCGUCCAACAGCUAUGCUAUCAAGAAAAAAGAUGAAUUGGAACGUGUGGCGAAGUCCAACCGUUAAGAUCUAGAUACAGUUGCUUUGUUAAAUUCAACUACCACAGGUCUUUGUAUCAUAACUUACUUGAAAUAAAUCUGUGGCUUGAAGUUCAAAAAAAAA